GCCAACGGAUUUGUCCGAGGUGGUUGUACCCCAGGUAGCCGCCUUGGCCCCGCAGCGAAGCCAGCCCGGUGUCGCCCUUAAGAAGCGUCUUUCCUGAGGUUCGGCUCACACUGAGAUCGGGGCUGGAGACACAGUCAGAUUUUGGAGCAGAGCGUGUGGAAAGCGAGCCCCAGUUUGGUCCCCUCAUUGAGCUCGCUGAAGUUGGCUUCCUAGCGGUGUAGGCUGGAAUAGACUCUUGGCAAGCUCAGGGUUGGUAUACUGGGUUAACUUUGGGAAAUGCAAGUGUUUAUCUCCAGGAUCUAGCCACCGGGGUGGUGUAAGCCGCAAAGAAGUUCCACCAGGUGAGAAGAGUGAUGACCAUCCUUUUCCUUACUAUGGUUAUUUCAUACUUCGGUUGCAUGAAGGCUGCCCCCAUGAAAGAAGCAAACGUCCGAGGACAAGGCAGCUUGGCCUUCCCAGCUGUGCGGACCCAUGGGACUCUGGAGAGCGUGAAUGGGCCCAAGGCAGGCUCAAGAGGCCUGACAUCGUUGGCUGACACUUUCGAACACGUGAUAGAAGAGCUGUUGGAUGAGGAUCAGAAAGUGCGGCCCAGUGAAGAAAACAAUAAGGACGCGGACUUGUACACUUCCAGGGUGAUGCUCAGUAGUCAAGUGCCUUUGGAGCCUCCUCUUCUCUUUCUGCUGGAGGAAUACAAAAAUUACCUGGAUGCUGCAAACAUGUCGAUGAGGGUCCGGCGCCACUCUGACCCGGCCCGCCGCGGGGAGCUGAGCGUGUGCGACAGCAUUAGUGAGUGGGUCACGGCGGCGGAUAAGAAGACUGCAGUGGACAUGUCGGGCGGGACGGUCACGGUCCUGGAGAAGGUCCCUGUGUCAAAAGGCCAGCUGAAGCAGUACUUCUACGAGACCAAGUGCAACCCCAUGGGUUACACGAAGGAGGGCUGCAGGGGCAUCGACAAAAGGCACUGGAACUCCCAAUGCCGAACUACGCAGUCGUACGUGCGGGCCCUCACCAUGGAUAGCAAAAAGAGAAUCGGCUGGCGGUUCAUAAGGAUAGACACUUCCUGUGUAUGUACAUUGACCAUUAAAAGGGGAAGAUAGUGGCUUUAUGUUGUAUAGAUUAUAUGGAGACAAAAAUUAUCUAUUUGUAUAUAUACAUAACAGGGUAAAUUAUUCAGUUAAGAAAAAAAUAAUUUUAUGAACUGCAUGUAUAAAUGAAGUUUAUACAGUACAGUGGUUCUACAAUCUAUUUAUUGGACAUAUCCAUGACCAGAAGGGAAACAGUCCUUUUGCGCACAACUUUAAAAAGUCUACAUUACAUUCCUCGAUAAUGUUGUGGUUUGUUGCCGUUGCCAAGAAUUGAAAACGUAAAAAGUUAAAAAAAAAUAAUAAUAAAUUGCAUGCUGCUUUAAUUGUGAAUUGAUAAUAAACUGUCCUCUUUCAGAAAACAGACAAAAAAAAAAAAAACCAACAAAAAUCUGAACCAAAACCUUCCGUUUACAUUUUAGACAGUAAGUAUCUUCGUUCUUGUUAGUACUCGAUCUGUUUUACCGCUUUUAACUUCUGAUACGUUGGAAUUAAAACAAUGUCAAGGUGCUGUUGUCAUCGCUUUACUGGCGUAGGGGACGGGGAACGGGCGGGGUAUAUUUUCGUUUGUUUUGUGUUUCUUUUGUUUGUUUUGUUUUGUUUUUGUUUUUCUUUUAGUUCCCAUAGGGAGUAGGGAUGGGGAAGGAAUUCCUUCAGUAUAUAUUCUGAUUAAGAAAAGACUCAUUUGUAUGUUGUAAAGAUGUUUGCAAUAUCAGUCAGAUGACUGGAAAGUAAAUAAAAAUGGAGGCGACUGAACGAGGUGCUCACCGGCUUCCUGGGACGCACCUCCUCGGCGGGCGCCGUGGGCCAUGGUCAGGGGAGCUCUUCUGUCAGAGAGACCACCUUUACUUUGAGCACAUUCUUUCCCCUCUCCCCCCUUGCUCCUCUCUUUGUUUCGUUUUCGCUCAAGGAAGAAAAAUCAGUUAUGCGUUCUGAAGUAUUUCACCACUACUGUGAACAAGUGAACAGACUCUGUCAUAUCGUGGCCCUCGUGUAAGCAUGGAGAACAGGGAUUUCCUUUUUUUAGAAGAGAAAAAGAACAAUAAAAUAACUCAAAAAUAAAUAUUCUUUUUUAUGAGGGGUAAACAGUUGGGUAAAUCUUGGUAAGGCUUAAAAAAAAAUCACGGUAAGGCUUAAAAAUGUCUUGCAAGCAAAAGGGGGAGUUCUGUAUGGACACAGAAAUGCCUAGCUCAGAGCAGGAGUCCACACUGCCAGUGACAUGAGACUGACCAGCCAUCUGGAGGCUGUGUGGAGCAGACAUGUCAUUUCCGGGCGGUGCAGGGGGAAUUUCUGAGUGGCCAUCCUGAGGUCUAGGUGGGGGUGGGGAAUGGUACUUGAGACAUUCCGAAAGGGAGGCUUCUGAAGGACCCUUCAGAGCUGGCUCUGGGAUGACGUGUCAAGUUGCUUGGACCUCGCGCUUUAAGUGCCUACAUUAUCUAACUGCGCUAAGAGGUUCUCGCUGGAGGACCACGCUCAAGCCGACUUACGCCUCCACCCUGGAUCAUUUUGCAUAACGCUGGAUUAGCCUGGAGCAGGUUCAGAACCAAGUGUGGCAUUGUGAUCCUGAGAUUAACAGAUGACAUAGAAGAUGUUUGCCUCAUGAACACUUACUGCUUUGAAAUUAGACUUGAGGAAACCAGGGUUUUGUCUUUUGAGAACUUUCGGUAAAGGGGAAGGGGACAGGAAAAGGCCCCAAAACUCAGGUUGGAUGAUCAAGGCUGCAGAUAGAAAAUCUUGUCCAGAGACAAGACUUGGGGAAGGCGUCUGCACAUCCAGGACGCUGAAGGCUUGAAGGUUCUUGCCAGAUGGAAGAGGCCAGGACAGAGCUGAUGAAGCUCUGCCCCCCGUGAAGGCCACAGCAACCUCCUGCCAUCCUGUCUGUCCAGGGAGAGGUGCCCUGCCUCAUCUCUGCCAUCCGGGGUUAGGAGAAGUCAAGUUGAGAUCCUGGAAUAGUGGUCCUGGGAAAAAUGGACCCCAGUGAAAAUGGGCUAAGCCCAUUUAGCCCACUCUCUAAACCUGAAAGUGUCCUGGGCCAGUGUCUUUGAGUAUCAGAAAGCCUGGAGAAAUUUGCUGCAUCUUAGUAGGAUGAGGGAUAAGCAAAAGAGGAUGUCCACCAUGACCCGGGGAAUGAAGAUACCAUCAGCAAAUAAUUUCUAUUUGUUCAGUCUUUCAUUUAGAAUGAGCCUGUCUUUUACAGGACCAUCUGAAUACCUGUCUUUAAAAGAAGGAAGACUUUAUGUAGUAUAGUUAUGUUUUGUGCUGUUUGAAAAUACUGUCUUUGUAAUUAUUUUUAACAUGUAAUGAAUACUUAGAAUACCUGCUAUAUGUUCAUUUUUUGUACCCUCCUUCCCAGGGACAAAAUUAUAAAACAUAAAAAAGUCCCCAUCACAACCUCAAAGUAGAGCAAAAGCCAGAUCUGUUAAGUGGUUGAGGAGGCGACAUUCAGCACUUGCCUGGUCACUGGCUCUCUCUUCCCCAACAAGAUACAUCACAGUCCCAUGCUUGGUGGUUUACGUUGACCUAAGAUUUAUUUUUGUUAAAAUCUCUCUCUGUUGCUGUUCAUUUUUUUUCUGUUUUGUUUUGUUUUUUAAAGUCUUGCUGUGGUCUCUUUGUGGCAGAAGUGUUUCAUGCAUGGCAGCAGGCCUGUUGCUUUUUUAUGGUGAUUCCCAUUGAAAAUGUAAGUAAAUGUCUGUGGCCUUGUUCUCUCUAUGGUAAAGAUAUUAUUCACCAUGUAAAACAAAAAAAAAUAUUUAUUGUAUUUUAGUAUAUUUAUAUAAUUAUGUUAUUGAAAAAAUUGGCAUUAAAACUUAACCGCAUCAGAAGCCUAUUGUAAAUACAAGUUCUAUUUAAGUGUACUAAUUAACAUAUAAUAUAUGUUUUAAAUAUAGAAUUUUUAAUGUUUUUAAAUAUAUUUUCAAAGUACAUAAAA